GGCUGUUUCUGAGCUCCUUCUACCUGAUGUUUUUGCGCUGGAUGUGAGUCUUGGGUGGCAGCAGGAGGUGAGCACCAGGCCCGCUGAGCCUCUGCAGAGCUGCCAGCCAUGCCCGGGAUCGUGGUGUUCCGGCGGCGCUGGUCUGUGGGCAGUGAUGACCUCGUCCUGCCGGCCAUCUUCCUCUUCCUCUUGCACACCACCUGGUUUGUGAUCCUGUCUGUGGUGCUCUUCGGCCUGGUCUACAACCCGAACGAGGCCUGCUCCCUGAACCUGGUGGACCACGGCCGCGGCUACCUGGGCAUCCUGCUGAGCUGCAUGAUCGCCGAGAUGGCCAUCAUCUGGCUGAGCAUGCGUGGGGGCAUCCUCUACACAGAGCCCCGCGAGUCCAUGCAGUAUGUGCUCUACGUGCGCCUGGCCAUCCUGGUGAUUGAGUUCAUCUACGCCAUCGUGGGCAUCGUCUGGCUCACUCAGUACUACACCUCAUGCAACGACCUCACUGCCAAGAAUGUCACCCUCGGGAUGGUCGUCUGCAACUGGGUGGUCAUCCUCAGUGUCUGCAUCACUGUCCUCUGCGUCUUCGACCCCACGGGCCGCACCUUCGUCAAGCUGAGAGCCACCAAGAGGCGGCAGCGCAACCUGCGGACCUACAACCUCCGGCACCGCUUAGAGGAGGGCCAGGCCACCAGCUGGUCGCGCCGGCUCAAAGUGUUCCUCUGUUGCACUCGGACGAAGGACUCACAGUCAGAUGCCUACUCCGAAAUCGCCUACCUCUUUGCUGAGUUUUUCCGAGACCUCGACAUUGUGCCAUCUGACAUCAUCGCCGGCCUGGUGCUGCUCCGGCAGCGGCAGCGGGCCAAGCGCAACGCCGUGCUGGACGAGGCGAAUAAUGACAUUUUGACCUUCCUGUCUGGAAUGCCAGUGACUAGAAACACCAAGUAUCUCGACCUCAAGAACUCGCAAGAGAUGCUCCGCUACAAGGAGGUCUGCUACUACAUGCUUUUCGCGCUGGCCGCCUACGGGUGGCCCAUGUACCUGAUGCGGAAGCCUGCCUGUGGGCUCUGCCAGCUGGCGCGCUCCUGCUCGUGCUGCCUGUGCCCCACGCGGCCCCGCUUUGCCCCAGGAGUCACCAUCGAGGAGGAUAACUGCUGUGGCUGCAACGCCAUUGCCAUCCGGCGCCAUUUCCUAGAUGAGAACAUGACCGCGGUGGACAUCGUGUAUACUUCCUGCCACGACGCGGUCUAUGAGACCCCUUUCUAUGUGGCAGUGGACCAUGACAAGAAGAAGGUGGUGAUCAGUAUCCGGGGAACCCUUUCGCCCAAGGAUGCCCUGACAGACCUGACCGGUGACGCCGAGCGCCUCCCUGUGGAGGGGCACCACGGUACCUGGCUGGGACACAAGGGAAUGGUUCUCUCGGCUGAGUACAUCAAGAAGAAGCUGGAGCAGGAGAUGGUCUUGUCCCAGGCCUUUGGGCGAGACCUGGGCCGAGGAACCAAACAUUAUGGCCUGAUUGUGGUGGGCCACUCCCUAGGUGCGGGCACUGCCGCCAUCCUCUCCUUCCUGCUGCGCCCCCAGUACCCUACCCUCAAGUGCUUUGCCUACUCCCCACCAGGGGGCCUGUUGAGCGAGGAUGCCAUGGAGUACUCCAAGGAAUUCGUGACAGCAGUGGUUCUGGGCAAAGAUCUUGUCCCCAGGAUCGGCCUCUCCCAGCUGGAAGGCUUCCGCAGACAGCUCCUAGACGUCCUACAGCGAAGCACCAAGCCCAAAUGGCGAAUUAUCGUGGGGGCCACCAAAUGCAUCCCCAAGUCAGAGCUGCCUGAAGAGGUUGAGGUGGCCACCCUCGCCAGCACACGGCUCUGGACCCACCCCAGCGACCUGACCAUCGCCCUGUCUGCCAGCACCCCUCUCUACCCUCCUGGCCGUAUCAUCCAUGUGGUCCACAACCACCCAGCAGAGCAGUGCUGCUGCUGUGAGCAGGAGGAGCCCACGUACUUUGCCAUCUGGGGCGACAACAAAGCCUUCAAUGAAGUGAUCAUCUCGCCGGCCAUGCUGCACGAGCACCUCCCCUAUGUGGUCAUGGAGGGGCUCAACAAGGUGCUGGAGAACUACAACAAGGGGAAGACGGCCCUGCUCUCCGCUGCUAAGGUCAUGGUGAGCCCCACUGAGGUGGACUUGACUCCUGAGCUCAUCUUCCAGCAGCAGCCGCUGCCAACGGGGCUGCCCGUGCCUGCUGGCCUCGCCCUGGAGCCGCCGGCCGCAGACCACCGAAACGGCGUAAGGAGCAAGUCCCAGUCCGAGAUGAGCCUGGAGGGCUUUUCAGAGGGGCGGCUGCUGUCCCCAGUGGCGCCGGUGGCGGCGGCGGCGGCCCGCCAGGACCCCGUGGAGCUGCUGCUGCUGUCCACCCAGGAGCGGCUGGCGGCGGAGCUGCAGGCCCGGCGGGCGCCCCUGGCCACCAUGGAGAGCCUAUCGGACACCGAGUCCCUGUACAGCUUCGACUCCCGCCGCUCGUCUGGCUUCCGCAGCAUCCGCGGCUCACCCAGCCUCCAUGCCGUGCUGGAGCGUGACGAGGGUCACCUCUUCUACAUCGACCCCGCCAUCCCGGAGGAGAACCCGUCCCUGAGCUCGCGCACUGAGCUGCUGGCGGCGGACAGCCUGUCCAAGCACUCCCAGGACACGCAGCCCUUGGAGGCGGCCCUGGGCAGCGGGGGCGUCACCCCCGAGAGGCCCCCCAGCGCGGCGGCCAAUGAGGAUGAGGAGGAGAGGGGUGGCGGAGGGGCGGGCCGCGGGGGAGAGCUGGCUCUGCACAACGGGCGCCUAGGGGACUCGCCCAGCCCUCAGGUGCUGGAGUUCGCUGAGUUCAUCGACAGCCUCUUCAACCUCGACAGUAAGAGCAGCUCCUUCCAGGACCUCUACUGCAUGGUGGUGCCUGAGAGCCCCACCAGCGACUAUGCCGAGGGCCCCAAGUCCCCCAGCCAGCAAGAGAUCCUGCUCCGCGCCCAGUUUGAGCCCAACCUGGUGCCCAAGCCCCCGAGGCUCUUCGCUGGCUCCGCAGACCCCUCCUCAGGCAUCUCACUCUCACCCUCCUUCCCGCUCAGCUCCUCUGGCGAGCUCAUGGACUUGACGCCCACAGGGCUCAGCAGCCAGGAGUGCCUGGCCAUGGACAAGAUCCGGACUUCGACCCCCACCAGCCAUGGGGCCAGCCCCGCCAAGCAGGACGACAUGGUCAUCUCGGCGCGCUAGCACCCCCGGCGUGGCUGCCGGCUGAGACCCCGGGCUGAGCAGGGGGCCCCUCAGGCUCCUGGUGGCUGCCCCCAGGGCCAGGCCGCUUUGAGGAGAGGCCCCCCCAAGGGUCAGUUUAGCCUCAGGCAUGGGGCGCUGCUGCUGAGCUGGGGGUCUGCAGCCCUACCUCAGCUUAGGACCACCGGGUGUCCGGGAUAAGGGUCCUUUAGAUGGGGGAGGGAUGUGAAGCAGGGAGGAGCCUGGGGUGGCCUGCCGGGUGGGCUGGGCAGCCCUCGGCCCUCUCAACCUGCCUGUCCCCCACAGGACGAGCAGUGGGCAUGCUGACUCCCCAUCACUGCCCUCUGGCUGCCCUCCCAGGGCCAAGAUGGAGAGCAGCCCUCUCCCCACAUCCUCAUAUCUGUGGUCCAGGCUGGUGUCCGCCCUGGCCACCCCCCCCAGAUCUGGUGCCUGCUGGCCAGCCCCCUGGGGUGACCCCACGCCAAGGUGGCCCGCAGUGCUGUGUAUGUUUACAGAUGUUGCUGGGCUGGACUCAGGAGGUUUCCUGGACUUGCAAGUGC